UAUGUUUCAGAGGAAAAAUGCGACAAAAAUGGAUUUGAAGAAACAAGUAGUAUAUAAAUUUUUUAUAUUACUUGCACUUUGCUUUGAAACUUACAACUUGCUAGAUACUGGAUAUGAUCAUGUGCUGACAGAUGACGAGUACAGGCUGUCAAUGGGCCAGGGAUAUGUUUUCUUCGAGAUUACUGAACCAGAGGAGCUCGCUUUCACUUACAAGGCUAACCCUGCUAGUUUUACUCCGGUCUGGAAUACAACACUGACUGGGGUUCCCUUAGUCUCUACUGAUCCACCCUGUAGCUGCGGGUUCAUCAAUAACCAUGAUGAAGUCGAGGGUAAAAUUGCUUUCAUUGAAAGAGGAGAAUGCUCUUUUGUGUCCAAGGUUGUGAGAGCAGAGGCCGCAGGAGCCAUCGGGGUCAUCAUUACAGAUCAGGAUGAAGAGAAUGAUGAACUAUAUAUAUCUAUGGUGGAUGACACUACCUCAAGAAAUGUGAAUAUUCCUGCCGUAUUUCUUCUUGGCAAAAACGGGCAAAUAAUAAAGAGAUGGUUGGACAGAUUGCAACUUUCCCAUGCUCUAGUCAACAUUCCUGUAAAUAUAUCUAGGAUUCAACCUCAUAAACUUAAUCAACCUCCUUGGAUGGUCUGGUAGAUAAUCAACCUUCUCGGAUGGUUUGGUAGACUAUCAACCUUCUUGGAUGGUUUGGUAGACAAUCAGCCUCCUAGGAUGGUUUAGUAGACAAUCAACCUUCUUGGAUGGUUUGGUAGACAACCAACCUCCUUGGAUGGCUUGGUAGACAAUCAACCUCCUAGGAUGGUUUAGUAGACUAUCAACCUUCUUGGAUGGUUUGGUAGACAACCAAGCUCCUUGGAUGGUUUGGUAGACAAUCAACCUCCUUGAAAGUUUUGUAGACUAUCAGCCUCCAUGUUUUUCUAACAAACCAAAUAUUGAACCCCAUGGAAUUAAUAAAAACCAGGCAACCUAAUUUAUUGAUACUAUACAGCUAACCGCUUGAAAAAUUGGUUUGGAACCCCCCUCUCCUUGAACUAAACAUGGCAGGAGAAGGUCAAAUGUUUGCAACACUACUAGAAAAGCUUUGUGACCUCAUAACUACUCUAGUAUUGAUUUUAUGCACAAGUAAAGAGAAGCAAAUUAAUACGAUUACAUACUUGAAAUUAAUAACAUUUUUGUUCUUUUUAAAAGCUUUUCAAUAAGAAGAGUUAUGAUUAAAAACAUGAGAUUUAAAUCUUACGUGUAAUUUGCUUUAUUUUAACGUGAGCUCCCCUCCACCAUGUUCAGCGUGUCAGAACUAAAUUUUGUGUAUAGUUACUAUUUCGAUCUAGUCAUUAGUUUAUAUAAAUUAAACCUAAAAUUUUUGUACAGUAAGAAUCAGAAAGCUCUGGAAUAGAAAGACGACUUUUAGACUCAAGUUAUGACUUUGAAUUGUCAAAUGAACAUGAGACAGACCAAUUGUAAUUGUAAACAGACUUAUUUUACUUAAUAAGAGACUUAAUGAGUUACCAGUAAAACUAUUUGCAUUAUGACAAAGUCAACACUUAACUAUUGUUUUAAUGUCGUCUUCAUAUUCCACAGUUUUCUGGUUCUCACUGUAUAUUGAUUGAAAUAAUCUUGUUUUGUAAUAUGAUUUGGAAUGAUACUUUGUAACACCCUGUUAUCAUUUUAAAGUUUUAAUGUAAAUUUGAAGAAAAGUACUAA